AUGAAUAAUGAUGAUGAACAAGAAGUACCUGGCAAUGAUGAAGAUAACAUUGAUGAACCACCAAGUAAAAAAGCAAGGAAAAUCAAUACGAAAACUACUCUUAUGGAUAAUAUGACAUACAAUGAACGAUUUGGUAAUGUCUGUAAACAUGCUGAUUAUAUACGUGAUUAUACAGCUGAUCUUGAUAAUAAUUUAUGUGAUCGAUCAGAAACAUUAUCAUUUGAAAGUGAAUUUAAUACUAUUUGUUCAACUCUCUCAUCUAAUGAUGCACUCUUACUUAUUACUAACGAGACUGGUCGAGAAUAUUUAUACAAUGUCAAAUGUCGUAGAUUGAUUGGUAUUCAUCGUUUUGGACAUGAUAUUCGUACAAUCGAAUUCAGUCUUGAUUUCAAAUCUGUAGCUGUUUGUCGUAGUAAUCGCUAUGAAUUCUAUACUUGUCCUAGUACUCAUCGUCAAUUCAAUUUGUUUACAUUAAAAUUUAUUCUUCAUUCAUGUCAUGAUAAAAUAACAUUUAUCAAUUGGACAAGUGAUUUUCCUUAUGUUAUAUUUUUCUUUCAUAAAAAUAAAACCAAAAUAAUGACUGUUUGUAAAAAUGCAAAAGUCAAUUAUUGGACUACUGAUAUGGAUUUAGCAUCUAUGGAAUCAAUAUCAUAUAUACCUGAUGAAAAUGAUAAUUAA